AUGUUCCUGCAGUUUGACAGCCUUUUGCGUCCAUCCGGCAAAUGGAGAUUGAAGUAUGGUCAACAGAUCGGUUUGUGUAGUCGCAAGUUGAAUAUUAAUUGGGAUUGGCCAAGUGUUAGUCAAGGUUUAAGGAGUAAAUUAUGGGAGGACACAAUGGCAAGAUUCCACCUUGAAGAUGAUCCAGUAAUCAAAAAGAAUUUCCUCUCUAGUGUAGCUAAGAGAUUCAGGGACUUCAAGGGAAAGCUAGUGAGUGGCCAUAUUAUUUUUACAAGAAAGUUGAGCAAAAAUGAGGUCAAUCGUCAACCAUAUGAGAUUUGGAAAAACAUCCAACGAGAAGAUUGGGAGACAUUUAAAAAGUCAAAAACAUCUGACAUAGCAGUGCUUAAGCGUCAAAAGGCCCAAAAGAGUGCAAAAUCGAAUGAUAAUCCUCAUCACUUGGGACAAUAUAACUAUGAGGAUGCUCGGAAAAUAUGGAUCCACGAGGGCUUUUACCCAAAUUCUGAACAAAAUCGAGGUGAUGAUUGGUAUUGUUCAAUGCAUAAGAAAGACAAAAAAACAGGAAAAAGAUAUAUCCCAAAGCCCAAAACGAAGGCAAUUGCUGACAAAUAUAUAAGUAAUUCAAUUCUUGUGAUUUUCUAUAUGCGGCCCACGAGAUAAAGUCUAGU